ACUCUCUUCUCGCACGCAGAUCUUCUCCAAUAUGGGUCGCGCGUGCAACACAUCGACCGAUAAGACACACGUUUGAUUUUUUCUUGCGAGACACACUCCAGCCAGCCAGCCAGCCAGCCAGUCAGAUGGUGUAUCCCAAGUUUCCAUGAUUUUCCUGUGCUCGCAACGGAUUCCAUCGAACGGCACUGGUUAGUAAGGGUGUUGCUUUCGAUGCGUUCGCAGGCAUCGCACGGUUCACGCUCGCGGAUUGUUCUAGCUUGGGACUUACUUCACUUCCGGAGGCUGCUAUUGUGCUCUGGAAAGGACACGAAGAAGUUCUUGGGAUGUUUUCUGGAUUGGACUGGUGACAGUGGGUCUGACGGAUGCGUUUGGCAGUGAGGAAUUGUUGAUUAUUAAAUUCGGAUUGGGCGGCGACGGCGCCUGAAAGUAUUCUUUUCCUUCUGGGUGAGGACUGAAUUUGGCAGGACUAAUCAAAGUAUCAUCAUCGGAACAUUUUUUUCCUGCUUUUCCGUAGACCCAUCAGAGUGUCUGCUUAUGUGCGCUAUAUCGUUAGGGACGGGCGUGUGCUUUCGGAGGGUCCUCCUUGAAAUGUGUGCUGUUGUGUGUCUAUGUGAAAGUUGUUGAUUUUUUGUGGGUUGCAUUUCCCCAAGGAUGGAAAGUGGCUGCUGGCAGUGAUUUGGCCCAGCAGCUGGGCCGAGGCGAACGAGUGAUACUCGUUUGUUGAAGAUGACGUACAUCGGUGUCCUCGACGGCGGCGGUAGCGUAGUCUUCUUCGUCGCCAUCAACAACGGCGAGGACGACGAAGUUUGUGUACAUAUGAGAGUAUAACUACAGGCGUGCCUCAUCGCCAAAUGUACCCACGAAGGCUACAUUCAGGCGGAAAAGACAAUCUCGGUGCUUGAGAGGAAGAUCCUUGAGGGACGUGGAGUCAAAUACGUGUGCCAUCUGUCGUCGCCUUGGUCCCAAGUGGUUCCCCGACUAGUGAGUGAUGAUGUGAAGAGUUUGUUUUGUGGGUUCGCAAUACUCAGCAGAAGCAGCCGGCGACAGAAGCUAAAAUCAAUUUCGCCUAAAUUGCUACUCCUUCUGCCGCCCAUCAACUGAAGAGUGAACAGGAAAUUAUUCAAUUCAGAUCAAAUCGCAUUUUCACCCAAGUGGAAGAAGGUGCCAGUCGGUGUGCUCGGGACCCAGCCAGAAGAAGUCAUUAGAAACGGUGAAUCAAACUUAAAUAGAGAAGAAAAUAAAACGAUUUGCUUCAAAAGAGCAAAACUUGGUGGAACAAGUUCAUCAUAACUUUAGGCGGAACGAAGCAAUGGAAGCAUCAUUCUCGGCGUUGCUGCUUCAAGCCACCGACCUUCGACGCCGCCGGCGUUCCGUUUUCACGGAACUUCCAUAAAAGACCGAGGAGGGAAACAACGGCGGAAAAUUGUGUGUGAUGAAAAUUCCGGUUGAAAAAUAUUUCCUUCCACGCGAGCUCUCGAGUGCGACCGGGUAAGACCCCGAAAGGGUGCAACUUUUUACGAGCUUACGCGUGAAACUCCGCGGGCAGGCGUCGGUACCGUACCGAGACGUACCGUUUCAACCACCAGAGACGACAGUUAUCGUUUGUCGUAUCGAAUGUCACAUCGAAAGUGAACUUUGUGGGCGGGAAAAUUGUGUGGUUUCUCCUUCCCCAAAGCAAAGAAAAACCAGAAGGAAAAUUGGAUGUGAGUGGAAUGUUUGUGAAAAAUUUAUGCACCGAGACCGUGGGAUCCUUCCGCUUGGUACGUGUGCUAGAAACCAGAUGAAGAUUGAGUUGUUAUUGCUUUGUUUUGCGGUGUAUCGUUUGGAAUUGCUAUUUGCCCCGUGUGCUCUGGAUCCAGUGGAUUUGUAGUGUAGUGUAUUGUUCCGCCCUCGCCCGACAGACCUCUCGCAAGUGUGGACUGGGUAUCCGUAAAGGACGAUGACGUAGCCGGCAAGCAGUAGCCACAACCGAACGGGCAGGAUUAGAUUGUGUCGCACUUCGCCAUAAUUGUGUAAGGCAGCGUGCAGUGUCGUGUCGUCGGAGAGCAGCAACGACAGAACUUGUAUGCUGCAUGACUGGAGGAGCACGUGACUGAAAGUUUUAAGAUUGGACCAUAAGGCCCAUCUAACAGACCAAGGUCCAUCGCCGGGCGCCAUGACCAUCGCCACCGUGGCAACCACCAUCACAGUCAUCAAUCAGGAACAGCAGCAGUGGCCGAAAAGUUGUGUCCAUUCGUCGGCGGCGGCGGCAGCGGUGGUGAAAGUGCGUCGUAAUCUUCGCCACAUGGCCACCGUCCUCAACGUCGGCACCCGUUCCAAAAACAGUAUCAAUGACUACGUCGACCACCGCUACGAAGGACUCGAUGUCAGCUUCAUCAUCAUCGGUAGGAACAUCAACACCAACAGCAACAACAACAAGAACAGUAGGAACAGCAGCUAACUCAUCAAACGCGUACAGAAGUGGAGCGGCGAGUGUAGGGCAUCGAGCCGGAGCCUCUAGCAUCGACGAGACAGUAUGGAUUUCCACAAGGCACCCCCACCUAGGCCACCCAGCCUGGUCGGUUCGGCUCUCACCAAGUCCAACGACGUCUACGACUACAUAUUCAUCGACAGUGGCAGCAGCCCCGAUUCGUACCUGUCGGCGGCCGGCGAGUUCGGCAGUUUCGUGAGCGAUGACAACAUCAGCCUGCUGCUUAAUGGCACCGCAACGUCGCUGGUCAACGGAACCGACCUCGGCAACGACACCUCCGGCCUGGGGCUGGACGAACCCCUGGCCGACGUCAUCGCGAUGGCGGUGACGUCACUCAUCCUCGGACUGAUGAUACUAGUUACCGUUAUAGGAAACGUUUUUGUAAUUGCUGCCAUCAUAUUAGAACGUAAUUUACAAAAUGUAGCAAAUUAUUUAGUAGCGUCACUCGCCGUGGCAGAUUUGUUCGUAGCGUGCUUAGUUAUGCCGUUGGGUGCUGUGUAUGAGAUAAGCCGAGGCUGGAUUCUGGGUCCCGAAUUAUGUGAUAUUUGGACGUCCUGUGACGUCCUGUGCUGUACGGCUUCCAUUCUACAUCUGGUGGCUAUUGCCACGGAUAGGUACUGGGCGGUGACCAAUAUCGAUUACAUGCACUCCCGCACCAGCCGCCGGGUGUUCACGAUGAUCUUCCUGGUGUGGUUCGCCUCGGUCAUCGUGUCGCUGGCGCCGCAGUUCGGCUGGAAGGACCCGGACUACCUACAACGAAUAGAGCAGCAAAAGUGCAUGGUUUCACAGGACAUCGCAUACCAGAUAUUUGCGACGUGUUGCACCUUCUAUGUUCCUCUUUUAGUCAUACUAGUGCUGUACUGGAAGAUCUACCAGACGGCACGGCGACGGAUACACCGGAGACGGCCGAAGCAACCGGUGACGGGUAAUAACAAUCAGGAAGAAACACCGAAGCAGACCAAAUCGAAAAUACGGUUUCGUCUGAAGAAAAAGUUCAGCAAUCCGGCCAAAUCGGCGGCCUCCCAGCUGGGGCUGGUGGAGGGAAACUCGACCAACACCGUCAACACCGUGGAGGACACCGAGGGUAGCUCGAAUGCCGAACGGAAAGGCGGAUGCGGUGUGGAGACCGCUUUCAGCAGUGACGAGGUCCCAUCGGUGCCACCGGUGGGGAACAGCCAAAUCCCAACGGUUUCCCAUGAAGUGGAGCAUCGACAGCUGUCAGAGCCAACGAUGGAAGCGAACAACAAUAAUCACAACAACAAUAGCAACAGCAACAGCAAUGGCAAUUCCUCAGUCAUUGCCAACGCUCAUCCAACACUAUCGACGUUGGGUCCCCAGCAACAGCAGCAGCACAACCAGCAUCCGUCGUCGCAUUUAUCGCUUCGUCCCACGAGCAACAAUGCCCUGGCGCCCCCGAUUCAACACUCACCCACCAUGCUCAGCGGGUCUCACACCCAUAUCGGCUCGACACAGAACAUUUCCAGCACCCCGAACCCGCACGCUCAGGUCUCCAAGCGCAAGGAAACCCUGGAAGCGAAACGGGAACGGAAGGCGGCCAAAACCCUUGCAAUCAUCACCGGGGCGUUCGUCGUCUGUUGGUUGCCCUUUUUUCUGACGGCGCUUCUGCUGCCGCUGUGCGAGUCCUGCUACAUCAACGAUACGGUAGCGUCCCUGUUCCUCUGGCUGGGCUACUUCAACUCGACGCUCAACCCGGUCAUCUAUACCAUCUUCAGUCCGGAAUUUCGGCAGGCCUUCAAACGUAUCCUGUUCGGAACGCACCGGAGUACCACCUACCGGCGUGGGAAACUGUAAUACUAGGAGAAGCCGCGUACCUCUCUAAAAGCCCUUUUUCAGCUCAUCGAUAUUCUAUGCCAGAAUGUGGCACACAUAUCCCCAUUCAUUCAAAAGCGAUGGCGGUGGCGGCAGCAAUCAGGAUGCAGUCGAGAGAACCGCAACCAUCACAAACCCCCCACCCAGCAGCAACCAAACGAGGAAGUCAUCGCUCAAGUUGACGAGUCAUAGCCAUCGCCUGCACUCAGCAUUCCCACCGCACUAUCUCCAGCCCCAAACCAAAAAGAACUUAUAGUGGCGAAACGACGACGACGACGACGACGACCGCACUCGGAACCACCUGUGGAGCGUGGCCAGUCAAGCAUCUGACUUGGCAACAAUCCCCAGUAGGCCCAGUAGGAUGACAGACGGGACGGCACAGGGCCAGCAAGAAAUGUGAAUGCAAAAUUUUAUUACACUUGCCCAACUCAUGCCACGCCUCCGUCCCCCAAUACGCGGGCCGGGCCGGAUCCUGCGGAGCGGCACAAGGCACGGAAUUCAACAAAAGUCAUGAAUGCGAAAUUUUCGGUAACAACUUUACACUGUGGUUUGGGGCUCCCGCUGAUUCCGGCGCGGCAGCGUGCCGCGCUUCUCUAACUCAGUCUCUUUUUCUAUCUCGAUGGCCCCCUUUCUUUGACUACCUACUGAACGCGAUGAAAACGGGAAAAGUCAUCGCAUGGCACGGUGCCAGAUUGGUGCUUUAGGGUGUGACUUUUUAAAGGAAAUGUGAAUAGUGAUGCGAGGUCUGGUUUUCAUCAACUGUGUUCAAUGACUUGAUUCGAACUUGCUCGAGGUUGCUUCGACUUGUUCGUACUCCGCUACCUUGUGCAACUUCAAGUAACAUGCUCAAAGAAAAACCACAGUACUUAUACGUGUGAUUUUGCUUUUAUUUUUUCAAUCGAUGUUUGUUUUCUUCUUCUCCAAACUUUGUUUGGAUAUUCUUCUGCAAUUUCUUCCAAGUUCCACUCAAGUUAAUCCUUCAAAAAUUGCUAUUAAUUGGAAUUAGAAAUUUUUCAAAUGUUUGUUAGAUAAACAUUCACAGAAUAUUCGACUAAUAUUUUUCCUUGAAUAUUAAAUUCGAUUCUGGAUUUCACCAAGAAUUCCCGAAAAAAAUGGAAGAUGGAGGAUUUUCAAAAAAAAAUCUGAAAAAGAUCUCGGUGGCAUGGCAUUCUCAAAAAAAUCGAAAAGAAAUUCUGGAGAAUUUCCUGAAGAAGCGCCUAGGAUCCAAUUAUCUGCUUAAUUUCAGAAAUCUCUUAGAGGAAUUCUACAAUAAAUUUCUGAUUAAUUACCCAUAAGGACUCCAUUAGGAAAUACUCAACAAAACCUCUGCCUGGCGAAACUUCUUCUUAAAGCAACAUUUCUGAAAAUAAAACUUUCUCUAAAAUAAAUACAUUUCUUGAUGAAUUCCCGAAAAAAAAAACAAAACUGUUAGACCAGUUUUGUUUUUCGAAUCGAAAUCAGCAUUUUUCUUGAAAUUGAGUAUGGUGUUUUCUACAGUAGUAUGUUUAAAAGUUCAGUCUGCAAUUUAUUUGAGAGUUAAUUCGAUUUUUCCCAUGAAAAUACCUCGAAAAUUGCUUUGUGAAUUUCUUAUGUAAUGUUUUUUUGAGAAUUGUUCGUCAAUUCCUUUGAAUAAUUUUGCGAAUUUAUAUUCAUAAAUAUUUUCGGUAGUUCCGCUGAAACUCCUUCGGCAUUUUCUUGAAGAAUUUCUGUGGUAACUCCAUUGAUAUUGUUAUGGCAUUUUUUUAAAGUUCCUUCGACCUGUGUGUUAUUUUUUUGAAGUCCUACGGUAGUUUCAAUGAAAUUUCUUAAGUAUUUUUUUUUAUUUUUUACGACCUUUAAAAUGACAUGACGGUCUAUUUUUUAAUCGAGAUCCCAAUGAUGUUUUAAUUUUGUAUACAUCAAGGGGAAUAGUCGCACUAUAAGAUGUACUGAUGACCAUCCUCUUGCAAACCCCCCCCCCCCUUUUUGAUGGGUUGUUGAAAUAGGUGGCUUUUUUCGUAUUUUUCGGAAAUGUUCCGUGAAAUUGUUUACAUUCAUGAUUUCCGUUAUUUAAAAAUAUGGUACGAAGAUCCUCUUGGAGAUCCUUGAUGUUCACAUUACUUCGGUGAUCACGACCAAUAAACCUAGAUAAUCUCAAGGCCUACAAGACGUUUUGUAAUUGAAUUCAUAUGAUCUGUAAGCGCCUGAAUGUAAUAAUCAAUGCAAUAAAUUCAUGGGAUAAUUAUACAAAAUACUCUUAGCGGGACAUUAACGGGUAGCUGUUUUCGGUAUGUUUGGAUGUACUAGAAUAUCCAACCUAUCCUGGAGUUAAGACUUACUUGGUCAACUAGAUCUACCGGUCCAAUUUAAUACAGCUUUGCAGCUUUUGACCGUUAUAUUCUGAGUUGCUUUCUUAUUGAAUGAGAAAUACUUUUAAAAGGUUUCGGGGCAUUUCAAGGUUUGCAAAAUGUCCUGAAGUUCAGGACUUACAAGUUCUACAAAAUCUACCACAAUUGCCAUUGAAUCUAUGUUAGCGGAUAUUGCUCAUUGUAAUCCAUGGCACUCCAGAAAGUAACAAGAAAAUCUUUUUAAUGUUGUACGACAUUGUAAGGUAUGCAAAAUGUCCUGGAGUUUAGGACUUUAAAGGUCUAUAGAUUCUACCGCACUCACGAUGCAAGCUACAUUAGUGGAAAUCUUUCUAAAGUUGUACCUAACAAUAUGCAAAAUGUUCAGGGGUUCAGGGCUUUUAAAUUCUACAGAAUCUACCUCAAUGGCCGUCCAAUCUACGUUUGCAGUAAUUGUCCUCUGAUAUCCAUGAUGGUACCCAACCUAACGAGUGUUUUUUUUUUUUACGGUGAUCGGAUAUUAGUUUGUUGCAUGUCCUGAAGCUCAUGGCUUUCAAGUACUAUCAAACCUACCACAAUUACCUCUUAAUCUACGGUUUACGGUCAUUGUUCUCCAGGGUACUCCGUAAUGCUACAAGAAACUCUUCCUGAGGUUGUACGACAUUGCAAGGUAUGCUAAAUGUCCUGAAUUUCAAGACUUUCAAGUUCUACAGAAACUAUCUCAAUUGUAGAUAAAUGUACGUUUGAAGUUAUUGUCGUCUGAAAUUCAUGACGCUCUACAACCCAAUGAGAAGGCCUUUUUUAUGUUGUCGAGUAUUGUAACGUUUGUUGAAUAUUCUGACGUUCAGAACUUUCAAGUUCUACGAAGUCACCAUUCAAUCUACGUAUGCAGUUUACGGCUAAUGCUAUCCAUGGUACUCUGUAAUGCUACGAGAAAAACUUUUUGAGGUUGCACGACAUUGUAGGGUAUGCAAAUUAUUCUGGAGCUCAGGACUUUCAAGCUCUACGUCUACGGACUCUACCUCAAUUGUUAUUCAAUCUACUUGAUUCUGUCUACUUUUUUCUCACUCAUGUUUUAAACCAUCUAUGCAGAAGACGUUCGAUCCAGGAGGAAUCUUGUUUAAUGGUCGAGAAGGUCCCUCUUUGUGCAAUAGGGUCAUUUUUUGAUCCGAACCGUGUACAGUUUCCAUCGUGAUGCAUUAGGGUGGUUAAGAAUUUUAGAAGAAGUUCAAAUGGAAAUCUAGGAAAUCCAUUCAAAUGCGAAUCUCUUGGCAGCAUUUUUUUUCAUUAAAUUUCUUUUAUUAUUUAUCAUUUUCAAAAGUUUCUACAGAAAUUCUUCCAGAAUUAUCCAGUUGUCUCCAGCAGAUCCACCACGGAUUUCACCAGAAAUUCUUCGAAGAUUCCUACAAGAAUUUCUUCAGAGAUUCCUACAGGUCUUCUUUCAAAGAUUCCUCCUUCAAAUCCUUCAAAGAUUCCUCUGAAAUCCCAAUCAGGGAUUUCACUUCAGAGAUUUCUGCAGAAGUUCUUCAAUACUUUCUUCAGAGAUCCAAGUGUUCUUUCAGAGAUUCUUCCAGGUGGAUUCAGGAGGUAUCCCCAAGAAAUCCAUCAGGGACUCUUUCAGAAGUUUCUGCAGUGAUUCCUAUAAGAUUAGUCUAGGAGUUCCUUCAGGCAUCCUUCUGAAGUUCAAGAAUUCCAACAGGAGCUCCUUCAGGAAUAAGUCUAGGAGCAGUGCUGAAAAUUUCAUUUCGUCAUAUCUAAAUUCAACCACCUACAGCCCAUUUUAGAAGCUGAACCUGAGAAUAUGGUAUAUGAAAAACUUGUGCGGCUAGACCAUUUCUACAAGAAAGUCACGAAAAAAACGCUAUUUCAAAUAUUUGUAAAUGUCACGGACUACCUUUGAAAAAUGCCAAAUGAUAUUCACCGUGAAUAUCAUUGGGGUUUUUCGAAGGUAGUCCGUAACAUUUACCUUAAAUUUUCGAAAAGUAGUGGUUUUUCCGUGACUAUCGUGCAGAACUGGUCUAGCCGCACAAAUUUUUCAUAUACCAUAUUCUCAGGUUCAGCUUCUAAAAUGAGCUAUAGGUGAUUGAAUUUAGAUAUGACGAAAUGAAUUUUCCAGCACUGUCUAGGAGUUUCAUCAAAAAUUCGUCCACGAGUUCUACUCUUCAAGUAUCUGUGCAGGAGGUCCUUCUGAGAUUCUAUAACAGGUUUCCGACUGUCUGAUUGUACUACAUAAAAUGGCUUUCCAGAAUUGACAAACAAAAUACUGCUAUUUGAUCUUGUUCAUCUGAGAUUCCUCCUUGAAUUUCUUUAAAAAAUACUGUAAAAUUUUAACGAGGGAUAACUCCUGGCGUUCCUUCGGGGAUUCCUCCAGGAGUAUCUUCAGAGAUCUUUCCAAGAGUUCUUUCUGGGAUCUCUUCAGGAUUUCCUUCAGAGAUUCUGGAGUUCGAUCCCGGAUUUCUCCAGGAGUUCAUUGAGGGAUUUUCCCGGAGAUCUUCCAGGGAUCACUCCUCCAGUUCUUUCGGAGAUUUUUCCAGGAAAGCUCAGGGGGAUGCAUCCAGAUUCUGUUGCUAAAAGUUGCUAAAAGGAGUUCCUUUAAGGAUUAAGCAUUCCACCAGAAUUUUUUCGGGGACUCCUCCUGAAAAUCCUUCGAGAGAUACUCUUGGAAUACCAUCGGGAAUUUCACCUGGGGUUUCUUCGGGGUUCAAUUUUGCAGCAAUUUGCUUUUUUUCCUGUUUCAUUCGCACAGACUUAAGGUGAAACUGGAAGCAUUUCCUCACUUUUUACUCUAUGAUUUUUUAAAAAAUAAUGAAGCAUUAUUUUUGAAAACGGUCUCCGUGCAGAGUUAGAGGAAUGAUCAAGGUAUCACCUGGAUUUUUUUAACUUGUGGAAAAUGAUUAUCAGUUUUCAAAAACCAUUUUUGAACAAAAUUGUGAUGACUUUUUUUCAGCCAAAUUUUUACUUUGCGCAGCAACAUCUCGGAAAGUUUACAUGAAAAGCCCUUUUUUGAGUCCCGUCCAAAGAUUGGAAAUUUCAAGAGGAAGAUUUUUGUCGAAGACAUAAUUAGUGGAAAAUGUAAUUUUCCACAUCAAAACCAUUUUUCUUUCAAGUGAACAACAGCAGUUUUCAUGCGCUUGCGUGUGUGAGUAAGCAACGGACCAGCAGCAGCAGGACGGCUGAGCAAGUCAAACCGGUUUUGUUGGUCGUCGCACAAAGCGGAGACCGAAAAAAACACACGGGAAGGUGGCAUCUCGAGUGGGAUAAAUGAAUGAAAUUCUACGGCCAACGUAAAGCAGUUGCAUUUUGCUGAAGCAUGACCGUAACUUUCUCUUUGUACGAUUUAGUUUUCUCUGUGAAAGAUAUGUUUUGGAAAUAUUAAAAUACAUCAUCAAAUAAUGAUGCGCAUGUUCUUGACUAUUGGCAUAAUCGUUGAUUGUAUGGACAUAAACGAUGCAUAUUAGAGAAGUGAAGUGUAACAAGGUCAAUAAAAAUGUUUGAAUAUGUUUUUAGCAUUAUCGAGAAUGAACAUAUUCGUAGGUCAGCCGCUGAUUACGUAACAACAUGUGAAUUUGUUGAUUAUUCAAUCAACUUUUAUCAACCAGUUUAAAAGUUAUGUGUGUUGUUAUUAUUAUUAUUAGUUUAUUAAAGACACUUUUAUACAAGAGUGGCAUUCGUUUCGGCUGUGUGUUGUGAGAGUGAGUAUUUGAAGAUAUUUUUCGUUUUUUUUAAAUGGUAUAUCUGAAAAUUCAUAACUUCUGAGCGUCUUGGCUACUUUGGAUGAAUGUUUCACUAUUUGCUGUCGCAAAUGCUACAAUGUAGUACAUAACUAAAAUAUUCAUAUUCUAGUGAAUCCGCACGAAACAUAAUUCUAGAAGCUAAUAAUGAAUAGCCAUUUUCUGUGAGGGGCCGUUCAUAAAAAUGAAAAUAUAUUAGAACUCCACUGGCGCUAUAAUCACUUUUGUUGUUUAAUUAUUUUAAUAACUUUACUUGUAAUAAUUGAUUAUUUUAAACUGUUCAUCUUGUAGAGCAUCUUUUGUUUUGAUAAACAAAAUUCAUUUGACACUUCUAGUAUCGCUACUGCCGCUGGGCGUGGCAAACUAGAUGUUAGUCCCACGAACCGUCGCUAGUUAUUCUAAUUUCAUAAAGUAAGUAGACCAAAUAAAUUCAUAUUUGAGUUUUGUGCCUUCAAGUCUAAGUUUUUGUAAAUAGUGUAGCUUUGGGUAUUAUCGGCAGGUUUGUUCUCUUCGUCAUGGGGGUUUUGUCGGCCAAAUUGCGUGAAACGGUCAUAUAAUUCAGCUUGGUUGGGAAUGAUUAGAGGCCCAUUCUGAUAAAAAAAACCUCAGGACGAAGACAACAAAACUGAAGAAAUAGUGUAAGUUUCCCCAUAUCAUGACUUUUGGGAUCAAUAUAAAUUUCUAGAGUGCGUAUGAGGGUAGAAAUAUUUCUGAAAUAAUAAAUAUCAAAAUAAAUUGAACCAAGGUAAAUAUUGAAUUGAGAGAAACCAGACAGGAUAAUGAAGUUUCAAGAAUGCAGCUAUGGAUUUUGAAGGAAAAUUAUGGUUUGAACAAGAAGUGGGAAAUCCAAAGAAAGUGGAAGCGGACAAGAAGCCGGGGUUUCUAAGGGCAAGGUUUAUGUUAUGAGAAAAUACUGACGAUGUCGGAAGACAUGAAAAGUCCAUUUUGAUUAAGUUAAGGAUACUUGAAACAAGAUGGUGCUCCCAGGUAUAAGAGAUUCCCAGAUAUUCGUUAAAUAUUUUGCAACGAUAUUUUUUCAAAGGAUCCUUUAGGAAUCCUUUAGUAUAUUCUGACAGAAAAUCUUUCAGUUAUUCUUCCGAGUAUUCUUCCAAAAAUACUCAAAAGGUUGCUACAGAAAUUCACCCAUAAAUUCUUCAGUGGUUUUUAUAGAUAUUCCUUCACAGUUUAUUUUUCUCACGAUUUAAAGAUUGUUCCAAGAAUUCCUACAUAGAUAUUUACAGUAUUUCAUCACGAGAUUUCAUCACGAAUUAUUUCAUUGGACAUUUAUCAAUAGACCCUUUCAGACAAUUUCGAACAGGUUUUUUUAACACUGUCGACCAAAGUUUUUUUUAGCGAUUCUGCCAUAGGAUUCUCCAAGAAUUCCAGAUCUAGCAAGACAGUUCUUUCAGAGUUUUUCUUAUGCAUUUCCUUAAAAAAUCUCAUUGAAUUAUUCCAAGAUUUGUUCAGAAUCUCUUCCAGAGAUUCCUCGAAGAAUUUUUUCGGCUUUUUCUAAAUAUUGUCCCAGAGAUUUUUGAGGAAUUUCUCCAGUACCUUUUUUGGGUUUUCUUGCAAAGAAACUACAAGAAACUCUUGAAGCGAGAUAUCAAAACUCUAUUCUUCUAGAAACUAUACAAAAGAAAUACUCUGGUAUUCUUUAAAGAUUCAAAGUGAUUCCUUUGGAGAUUCCACCAUGAAUUCCUUUUAAAAUUUUACCAGAAAGUCCUUCAGGAGAUCCUCCAACAAGUCCACAAGAAGCACUUACCAAGCUACUUUCAGAAAUUCCUUCAUAAACAUUUAUAAGAACUCAUUCAGAGAUUCUUCCAACAACAUAUAAUUCAUCCAGAGCUUUAUCUGAGAAUUGUCUAGGAAAAUAUUCUUCCAAGAAUUCUUUCUCCUAUCCCUCAAUAUCCUUCAGAAAUUUCCACCAGAGGAACUCGUUCAGUGUUCUCUCAGAGAUUCAGCCAGAAACUCUUCCAGAGAUUUCGUAAGCGAUUCCUCCGUAGAAGUUCUCUCAGGAAUAACUCAAGAAAUUCCGCCAGUAGUUCUUUAAGUUAUCCAAUAAUUCUUCAAGAGGUUCAUCCGGAAGCUCGUCCAAAGGAUCUUCCAGAAUUCAAUCAGGAGAUUCCACCAAAGAUUUCGCCAGUGAUUUCUUCGGGGGUUUCUGAAAGCUUCCUUCAGGAAGAGAGUGCCUACUGUAGUUGCUCCAGAGUGUCCUUCUUUCAAAAAUUUUUAGGAGAUUCAUUUGAAAUGCCUCCAGGUAUUGUUUCAAAAUUUUCCAGCAAUUAAUGUUCUUCUAGAAGUUUUUUUUUUCAUACAAAUCCUCCAACAAGGAAUUCCUAAAGCGAUUCUUUUAGAAAUAAUUCAAAUUCCUUGUGGAAAAGGGACUCCUCCGGAAAUCCCUCCAGGAACUCCUUCAGAUAUUUCAAAAAGUUCGAUUUCAUUUGAUUUUAAUUCCAAAGACUUCGACAAGAAUUCUUCCAGAGAUUCCUUCACCACGAAGUCAAGGAGCUCAUCUACACAUUCCAAUAGCAUUUCCGCAAGCAGUUCUUCAGGAUUCCUCCAGAAGUACCUAAAAAAUUUCGUCAAUAUUAUUCUCGAAAGGUUCUUCUAAGAAUACCUUCAAGAGUAUGUCCAUGUGAUCGCUACACUGUUUCCUCUUUGAAUUUUUGCAGAAAUACCUCUAGGAGUUUCUUUGGAGAUUCGCAAACAUCUGUUGAGCAGUCUCUGGUGGUUACACGGGAGUAUUUCUGGAACAAAUCGUGAUUGAUUCUUUGCAGGAAGUUUUUGUUAAAUUUCUUCGGGAUGAAAGAACCUCUAGAGUAAUUCCAGGGAAAACAUUUUGAGGACCGUACGGAGAAUUCUCUACUGGAGUGUCUGGACAGCGUGGACCUGGUAUGAUGGUUGAAACUAUCACGCCCAGGACCUGAAUUCAAAUCCCACUCGCGACAUACUCACAAAAUGUAAGUUCUUCCUUAGCAAGGGAAUUAAAGCUGUGGGCCCGGAGACGAACUAGCCCCGGGCUAAAAAUUUAGAAAUAAAGAUAAUUCUCAGGAUUAUUUUCCGUUAGGAUGUCUGAAGCAAUUCUUAGAACACAUAGAGAAGAUAUGGUGAAGUUUAUGGAAGAAUUUCGAAGAAUGGACGAAGUAUUUCAAAAGGAAUUUAUGAACGCAUCUCUGGAAGGACAACAGAAAGAAUUCCUGAUGAAAUCUUAGAAGCAACCCUUAUAGAAAGUCUCGAGGGGAGUUCCACAGGAGUUUCAGAAGGGAUUUAUUAAUAUGUAUCCAAAAGUUAUUUCGGAAGAAUAUUUAGAAUAAUUCCUGGAAAAAAAAUAAACAAUUUCCAGAUGAAGCUUCAAAUGAAUGUGUAGGGGAACUAUUGUGAAAAUGUUGCAUGAAUCAGUAUAUGAGUUCCUAGGAAGAUUUCUGGAGGAUUUUUGAAAGUAGCUCGAAAAAUUCUUUCUGGAAUCUGUGGAGGACUUUGUUGUGGAUUUUCAAAAGGAAUAACUGGAAGAGUCUUUUUAAGAAUUUUAAGAUGAAUCUUUUGAAGAAUUACAGAGGAAAUAUUUAGAAUCAUUCCUAGAAGCAAUUUGUUGUCGUAACUUUGCAAGAAACCAACCAAGGGAACAUUUGAAGAACAUGCCUGGAAUAUUUUCUUAAUCAAUUUUAUGAGGAAAUCUAUAGAACUAUCCGAGGAAUAUCUGGAAGAAUUUCUGAGAAAAUCUUUGGAAUAGUGACGAAAAUUUCAACUGGAAAAUAAUUGAUUACACUAGUUUACAAAAUAAAACGAAAGUUGUGAACUUUUGUCAACGACCAAAGUUUUUGAAGCACAAUUUAGCGCUGAUUUCGAAAUCGUGCUUCAAAAAAUUUUAAGUAGAGCAGUUUUUUAGUUUUAGCUCAAUAUCGAGUUUUACAAUUUUUUAAAAUAUGAAAUUUACUAAAAUUAAAAUAUCUUGCGAAGGAAUUUCAGGAGGAAUCUGCGAAGAAAUUCAUAUAGGAAUCCCCGAAACAAUUCCAGGAACAAUCCGUCAAACUAAUUCGAGGAGAAAUCCCCGACAGAAAUCCAGGAAGAAUUCCCGAAGGACUUCUUGUUGUAGUCCUCGAUGGAAUUCCAGGAGAAAUCCCCGAAGUCAUUCCAGGAGGAAUCUCCGAAGAAUUUUCAAUAGAAAUCCCCGUAGAGUUUUCAAAAGAAAUCACCGAACGAAUUUCAUGAGAAAUCCUUGAAAGAUUUCCAGGAAAAAAUCCUGAAUAAUGUUCAGGAGGCAUCCCCGAAAGAAUUCCAAAAAGAAUCUCGAAGAAAUUCCAUGAUAAAUUCCCGAAUGAACUCCAGGAGGAAUCCCCGAAAAAAAUCCAAGAAAUAAUCCCUAAGUGAUUUCCAGGUGCAAUCCCUGGUGUAACUCAAGGAGCAAUCCCGAAGGAAUUCCAGGAAGCGCCCUUGAAGAAACUACAGAAAGAAUCUCAAAAAUUUUCUGCAGGAAUCACCAAACGAAUUCCAGAAGGAAUCACCGACGAAUUCUAGGUGGAUUAUUCGCAGAAAUUCCAGAAGGAAUCUCUGAAUUCCAUGAGAAAUCCUAGACAGAAUUCCAGGAGAAAUCCCAGAAAAACUUUUAGUUGUGGUCUCCGAAGGAAUUCCAGGAAGAAUUCCUGAUCGAAUUCCACAAAGAUUCCUUUACUUUAAGAAAUUCCAGGAUGAAUUCCUGUUGGAAUUUCAGGAAGAAACUCCGCAAGAAUGCCAGGAAGAAUCUCCCAUGGAAUUUUAGGAGUAUUCCUUGAUGGAAUCUUUGACAGAAGAAUCCCCGAAGAAAUUCCUAGAAAAAUCCUCGUGAAAGUAAUUCCACAGAAAAUUUUCCAAGAAAUUUGUUGAGGAAUCUCCAAAAGAUUUCUAGGAUGAAUCAUAAAAUGGCAUACAGGGUGAAUUCUUGCAAGAGUUCCAGGAGGAAUCCUCGAAGGAAUUCGAUAAGCAAUUCCGUGAGGAAUUCUUGAUGGAAGUACUGGAAGAAUACCUGAAGAAAAAAAUUUUGAAAAAAAUUACAGGGCGAAUCUUUCUUUUGAAAUUUGGUGAGAAAUCCCCAAAAGAUUUAUAGAAGGAAUCAUUGAAGGACUUACAGGAGGAAUUCUCGUAGGAAUUCCAGAAGCAAUUCCCAAAGAAAUUCCAUGAGAAAUUUUCGAUGGAAGUCCAGGAGAAAUCUUCGAAGAAAUUCUAGGAGAAAUUUUUUA